AUGGAGACAACAAAAUUAACUCAUGCUAUGAAAAUUGUGUUUCCAGAAAAAAUUAUUAGUCAAAGUAUUGAUGGAUAUGGAUAUAACCUUUAUGUUCAUGAUGAAACAAACUCAUUAACAUGUUACUCUCUUAAAACAAAUACUAUUAUAGGACAUUUUGCAUUACCUCUCAACACAUUAAAAAUUCGUGUUGCACCUACGUCACAUCAUAUUGCUGCUAUUUGUGAUCAAAUAGCACAUAUUUAUUCAUUACCAGCAAUGCAAUAUAUUGGUUCAGUUGAUAAUUUGAUUGAUUUAGUAUGGAGUAAUGAUGGAUUUUUCAAAGACCAACAAUUUUUAGUUCUUUGUCAUGAUGGAUUACAUUGUUAUCAAAUAGUUUCUCAAAAAGAUAAUGAAGUCUUAGAACAUGUAUCACACAAGUCAUUAAUAGGAAAACAUAUAUUUGUAAAUAAUUCAUAUAGUGAUGCUUGUGUUUGUGGAGAAAGAGAAAUAUUUACAUUCUCUCCUUCAUUAUCAGAAACAACACAAAUCACUAAAUAUCCAUUUAAACAAAAAUUAACAGAUGCAUGUUUUUGUAAAAAAGAAUUAUUUUUAUUAUGUGGAACAAUUUUAACAAGUGGUGAUAAUACAAGAAAAGUUAGUCUUCCUUUUAGAGGUAGUUCAUUUAAAUUGGUAUCUCAUUUUCCUUCAAUUAUUGCAUAUGAUGCAAAUAAAAUAUUUAUUAUUGAGCCAGAGAAAUUAGCUGUUCAAAGUGUUAUUGAAACAAAAUUUCUUUCAAUUCAACAAUUAGAAACAAAUACAAGACUCUCAUUAUUAACAUUUGUAAUUCCAACUAUGCUUGGAAUUGGGGUUAUUUGUAGUGAUGAAUAUACUGCAGAAAAUGCAUUUCUUAGAGUUUUUGAACUUAAAUCCGUGAAGAUACAUACUAAAAGUUCUGUUCAAUCUUAUAAACUUGCUCAAAUGAGUGAAAAUAGUUCUAGAAGUAAAAAUAGUGCUCCAGCUUCAGAUUAUUCUAUUUUCAUAGGAAAAACAACAGGACUUGUUGAAAGAGAAAUUGCAGAAGUAUUCCAACAAAAUUUUGGACCUGUUGUUAAAGUACGUCUUCAUACUGGUUAUGGUUUUGUUGAUUUUGAAAAUGCAGCAGCAAGAGAAAAAGCAUUAUUGCAUCAAAGUAUUAAAGUCAAAAAUGAUAAAACAGUUACUAUAUCAAGUGCAGUUCCAAACAAUAGUAGUCACAGAAAAAAUUAA